CGCUAAUCGAUAGUGCACUACACAGAGACAACAGCCUGUUGGGCUCCGCAACUAACAUAGAAAAUUCGCGAGUUCGGUAUUAAGAAAGGUUUUCUUUUGUGCGAUUGAGGCUUAAAAGUUUGCCAAGGUGUCGGUAUCUAGCAGCGUCUUGCCAGGGGCGAUCACCAUGAAGAUGCUGGCACCACACGAUGGUCCCGACAUCAGUCCCAUUGACUCAUCUGGCGAGUGGCAUGGCGUGGCGUUCUGGUCGUGGGUGUGCGCAGGCGCGGCGCUGGUGCUCUCGCUGCUGGCCGCACUAGCGUGCUGGAUAGCGCGACGGCGCAACUCGCUCGCACACAAACUAGGCGGGAAGCGCGGUCCAGACAAGGCACUAGUGUUCCAACCACCCAGACGCGCCACGGCGGUGCGUUCCCCUGGUUCUGCCACCCACUACCUGCGCAAGUCCCCCUCGCCAACCGCGCCGACGGCACCAUCUGCCAACUCGCCACCGCAACCUCAGCCGCAGUCACAGAAUACGUCGGGGCUGAAGGCCGAAACGGUAUUCCUCAGCCUCGACCUUUCGGAGGCUGCACGCUUGUCUUCGCUUCAGUCGCCCGGAGGAGGGAACAGCCCGCACACCCCAACCGCGCCCUCAGAGCCCGCCCCGCUCAGCAAGGAGCUGGCAGACGCCAACGCGACGGAGAAGAUCAAACCUGUGGAGAAUGAGACCAACGAUGGACGCCUGGGAGACCUGCAUUUCAAACUUCGAUAUGAGAACGAGAAGAACGCUUUGGUGGUGUCAGUGGUCUCCUGCCAGGGGCUGCCGGGCCGCGAGCCCGCCGGCCCCGACCCCUAUGUGAAGCUGCAACUGUUGCCUGACAAGCAGCACAAGGUCAAGACUAGGGUGGUCCGCAAAACUCGAUGCCCAGUUUACGACGAGGACUUCACGUUCUACGGCAUUGCGCCGCACCAGCUCGCCGGCACCACGCUGCACUUUGUCGUACUCAGUUUUGAUAGAUAUUCUCGUGACGAGAUAAUAGGCGAAGUGGUGGCGCCUCUGUCCACGCUGCAGCUCCAAAGCGGUGAAGCCAUGGCCCUUUGCCGUGAGAUUCAGCCGCGUAGUUUAAAGAUGCGCAGCGUGGGUCGCGGCGAGGUGCUGGUGUCGCUGUGCUGGCAGCCAGCGGCGGCGCGCCUCACCGUGGUGCUACUGAAGGCGCGCAACCUGCCCAAGAUGGACGUCACCGGGCUCGCGGACCCGUACGUGAAAAUGUACCUGCUGUACAAUGGGCAGCGGAUCGCGAAGAAGAAGACGCACGUGAAGAAGCGCACUCUCAACCCGGUGUUCAACGAGUCGUUCGUAUUCGAGGUGCCGGCCGCGCCCAACGCCACGCUCGACCACGUGUCGCUCGAGCUGCUCGUGCUCGACUGGGACCGGGUCACCAAGAACGAGGUGAUUGGGCGACUGGAGCUGGGCGCAGAGGGCGCGGGCAGCGCGCGGCACCACUGGCGCGAGGUGCAGGCGGCGCCGCGCCGGCAGAUCGCCGACUGGCACAAGCUCAAGGAGUGAGCUGCUUACUUCGCCGCCACAACUAAUCACACCGGCUCAACUUAUCAACGCUGAGAAGUACUCCCCGAAAACACGUCUAACUAAUUCAUCCAAAAAAAAAAUACCCUAAACUCCGUUCACGGAAACUAGUCAUCGCUUUCUUUACAACUUAACUUACAACACAAUUUUUGUUUGCAAAAGAUGAGGCUGGAAAACUAGCUUACACGAGAAAGAGGGCUGUCAUUGGUUGAGGUGACGACGAAGAUAUAAUCCAGGCAAUGACAGGUAAUCUAGCGUUGGUACUAGCUCGUUUCCGUGAAUAAAGUAUUACGCGACUGGCACAAGUUCAAGGAGUGAGCUACUUACCCCGCCGCCCCAACUAAUCACACCGGCUCAACUAAUCAACGCUAAGAAGUACUCCCCAAAAAACGUCUAACUGAUUCAUCCAAAAUAAAAAUAACCUAUUCUCUGUUCACGAGAACUAAUUAAUAGUCAGUCGAGCGAUUUUUUUAAGAUUUUUUUUAACCUAUAGUGGUACUUCGUUCACGGAAACUAGUCAGUGGAGCGUUUUCUUUAUUACACAAUUUUUAUUUCCAAAAGACAAGGCUGCAAAACUGGCUUACAUGAAAAACAGGACUGUCAUUGGUCAGAGUGACGACAAAGAUACAAUCCGGGCAAUGAUACAUAGACUAGCGUUGGUACCAGCUUGUUUCCGUGAAUAGGGAGGGUAUUACGCCACGCCAGCAGAUCGCCGACUGGCACAAGCUCAAGCAGUGAGCCAAUACUUACCCCAAAGCUCCUAUCACUCCGGCUCAACAAUACAACUCCGAAAUGCUCGCCGAAAAGACGUAUUACUGAUUUAUCAAAAAUAACUCUAUACUCGGUCCACGGAAUCAAAUCAGUGGAGCGAUUUUUUUAAAAAAAAAUAUUGUUUACCUACUUCGUUCACGGGAACGAGUCAGUGGAGCGUUUUCAUUAUAAAUGUCAUUUGCAAAAAACAAGGCUGGAUAAGAGAGCCGUCAUAUGACAAAGUAACGACACCGAUACAAUUCGGCUAACGACACAAAAGCUUAGCUUACAACGAUACUAGCUCGUUAACGUGAAUAGAGAUUACCUAUCUAAAUAGCCGAAUCGUCUGUCUGCAUACCGACCAAGAAACGAUCGCAGAAUCACGGCUCUGCAGCUUGAUCUCCUUAUGCUAUUCUAUCUAAUAAGAAAGCUUGUACGAUGCAUGAUGCCAUUAAAUAAUGAUAUAUCUUCUAUCGUCACAACCCGUCCAUCGGAUCGGCGCCAAAAGGCAGAAUAGUGUAGUUGUGCUGUAAAAUCUGCCAACCGCUUAGUACCCUAGUUUCUUUCUCACUAUCGCAGCUAACAACUGUACAAUCCUCCAAUGGUGAAGUUAAUCGAACUGGUUUAUACAACACGAUAGGGUUAUAUUACUUGUUAUAAUAUUGCGGAUUUGAGUGUAAAAGUAAAUGAAUCUACGAAACGUGUUUUCGGAGAGCACAGUGCUCUGGCAUUCAAUUCUAAGCUCGCUCCCGCCCGACUGCCGACAUAGGAUUUGAAACUUGACCCAUCGUUGCUAUCUUAUCAAAGGCUACAUGAGGCACAUCUACAAAUUCUUAGCAUUUUCUAUCCAUGCCGCUGUAUAGUGAUUGUACUCGAGAAGAGUAGGUACCUACAACUCUUAUUAGUUUUCCAUUUAUUUGUUAUCAAAACAAUUAAUUUAGUGUUUCGAGUCUUAAUUUUACGUUUUCGGUUCUUGUUGUACUAUAUUUGUUGGUGUGGGAGUUUAUCACUGUUUUUAGGUAAAAUCAAUCUGCCCCCCUAGCAUUAGCACCGCGAUAUGAUAUAAAACGCGUUUUUAUCAUGCUCAAUUGUCAAAUAACUAUGGAGUUUGAUAGUUAGACGCGAUACAAAACGUGUUAUAAUGCAAAUUGGGAUGCUCGUCCUACAGAGACGGGAUUUUGUAAGUUUCAUCGAUUCCACGUGAUAUAAGUAUUAUAAACUUGAACUCGUUAUCAUCAUCAGGGAAAGCUCUUUUGAAUUCAUCAAAGGCGAUUCAAGCGAUAAAUUAAUAAAGUGCCAGUGCUCCAAAUUCCAUGUUAAUACUACAAUAAAUAGACAUAGACGUAUGUGUGUGUAUAUUUAAACCAUUAAAAAUUUCGUGAUAGUCAAAACAAAGCUCAUCAAAAAAUGUAUUUUUUUUGUUAUAUGAAUACCCAACGAUUCCAUUACAAUAUUGAGGUAUGAGGGUAGUGCAAAUAUAUUUCGUAAGGAGGCAAAGCCAAAGUCCAGACACAGGUAUGAAAAUGAAAAUCUUGAUUUACUUAGUAUUAAUUUGUAAUUAUAAUGUUAACUAUAUAUUUUGUAUUAGAUAGUGAAAUUAUGGAGAUUGUUUUUAUUUAUAUUAUAUUUUAUUAGGGAAAUAACAUGAUGUUUGUAUAUGCUUAAUUCGAACGCACACGCGGUGUAAAUGGCAUUACCAUGAUCCUAUUAGUUCCCAGAGACAAUUAUUGUGUGAUGUUGCACCCAAAACACAUCAUGACCUCCCAUUUAGUCUAGAUUUGCUUGAAAGUGGAGUUGAAUGUUCUGUAAUUCAGCACCAAUAUUCAAUUUCUCACAUUUUUAAACAUAUCUAAAUGUAAGACAUUGUACAGUCGAAGUCUGCUUCUUUUAGACAUUGAUCGCUUGAUAAUAAACCUUGAUAAUAGGAUGAAACUGUUUAAGUAGUAAUGGUCGCAGAUCACUUUUUCGGAAAACAAAUUCAAGACAGGUAGUUGCCA